AUGCAAGUCCCAAGAACAAGCGUCAUGAUACCGACACCCAUAUUCUGAUCCUUAAUACCUGCCUCUGAUGAAUAGUCUUCUUCGAUACCUCCACUGCCCUUACCCUUGCUUUUAUUCCGCUUGCAUAUCUGCGUUGUGAUCUGGACAAGGGUAACUGGAGUGAACCAUUUGGUUGUCUUGGAUGAAGAGACUGUGGACGUUCUAUCAGAGGCAUCACUCUUUGUCUUGGGUGCAAAAACAACGUUUUCCUUGCCAAUAGAUGAGCUAGGCGAGGUCGAUUCGUAUUCAAUUAUCUAA